CCGGAAUAGUGUUGAAUUCUGGAAGAAAAGUCUCGGCCCGCGUUCUGAGAUUGGACAGACGCGUGAUAUGACACAAUGUUCAAGCGUAAGGAUAAACAUUUUUGGUUGUGAACGAAAGCGCCGGUACGUGGCCAAAACGGGGCGGGAUUGGUUGUAGUGCAACCAAUAUCCAGGCUCGCUUGCAGUGUUGCAGUGCGCGUGGGUUGUGCCCGGCUCGGUCCGCUGAGGAAAACCGAUCGCGCCGUUUCCGGAGGUUGUUUGGCAGGUGCGGGACGUAUGUCCUAACGACGUCCGUGAGGCGAGUGGCGGGAGGCCCCCUUCAUGCCCGGGCCGCGAGGCCCAAGCGUUCGGCCUGCUUCGUCCACCGCCACAACUCUCCCAGCCAUCGCCGCCCUGGUACCCCUCUGGUUGCUUCUGCCGCUUUGCAUCUCCCUGAGGGAGGCGGCGGCGGCGUUUUCGGAUGGAGAAAACCAGCCGGGACUAGGACUCGGCGGCGUUGCAGCUGCCGCGCUCCCUGUGGUUGCCGACGUGACUGUAGAGGAUGAUGAGGCCAGCGGGGUGCCUCAAGCGGCGUCCCUCGGGGAGCAGGAGGAGGAAGCAGUGGAUGCGCCCGCCCGGAGUGGCAGCUACAGAUCAUUAGUAAUUAUAAGUACUUUGGAUGGACGGAUUGCUGCUCUAGACCCAGAGAACAGUGGAAGAAAACAGUGGGAUUUGGAUGUGGGAUCAGGUUCUCUUGUCUCAUCAAGCCUCAGUAAACCAGAGGUGUUUGGGAAUAAAAUGAUAAUUCCCUCCUUGAAUGGAGACCUUUUCCAGUGGGAUCGUGACAGAGAAAGCAUGGAAGCUGUUCCUUUCACUAUUGAAUCUCUUCUUGAAUCAUCGUACAGAUUUGGUGAUGAUGUUGUUCUUGUUGGAGGAAAAUCUUUGACCACAUAUGGGUUGAGCACAUGUUCAGGAAAGGUGAAGUAUGUAUGUUCAGCAAUGGGCUGUCGUCGCUGGGAUGAUGAUGAAACAGAACAGGAGGAUAUUCUUCUUCUGCAUCGAACACAGAAAACAGUUCGUGCUGUUGGGCCCCGCAGCGGCAAUGAAAAGUGGAAUUUUAGUGUUGGUCACUUUGAACUGCGUUAUGUUCAAGACACCGAAACAAAAGUAGGAUUUCUUGAAGGCAAUAUAGAAUCAAAUAUAAACAAAGAAGAUGCUAAAGUUAUUUCAGAAGUGGAGGAGCAGGAGGCUGUAAUGAAGGAUACAGUGAUAAAGGUCUCAGUAGCAGACUGGAAGGUUAUGGCAUUCAAUAAGAAGGGAGGACAUCUGGAAUGGGAAUACCAGUUUUGCACUCCAGUUGCUUCUGCCUGGCUGGUUAAAGAUGGAAAAGUAAUUCCAAUUAGUCUCUUUGAUGAUACAAGCUACAGCUCAAAUGAUGAUAUCUUAGAAGAUGAAGAAGAUCUUGUUGAAGCUGCCCGAGGAGCUACAGAGUCCAGUGCCUAUAUAGGAAUGUUCAGAGGCCAGCUAUACCUUCAGACGUCAGUCAGAAUUUCUGAUAAAUUCCCCACCAAACCUAAGGCUUUGGAGUCCAGAAGUGAUAAUGCAGUUAUUCCUUUGCCCAUGAUCAAGUGGAAACCCUUGAUUCAUUCUCCUUCUAGAACUCCUGUGCUGGUGGGAUCUGAUGAGUUCGAUAAAUGCCUCAGCAAUGACAAGUUUUCUCACGAAGAGUAUAGUAAUGGUGCCCUUUCAGUCCUGCAGUAUCCCUAUGAUAAUGGCUACUUUUUGCCCUAUUACACAAGAGAGAGAAACAGACGAAGCACUCAGAUCACUGUCAGGUUUUCUGAAAACAUGAACUAUAAGACUAUCCGUAGAAAGGAUCCAGUUCUACUUCUGCACUGGUGGAAAGAAAUAGUUUCCACUAUUUUAUUUUGCAUUGUCACCACAACUUACAUUGUGCGCAGACUUUUCCAUCCUAAUGCUCGCAGUCGACAGCGGAAGGAGUCUGAAACCCAGUGUCAGACAGACAGUAAAUAUGAACCUGUUGCUGGACAGAUUAAAGACAGCAGCUCAGGUGAUUUAAAGAACUCUGGAUAUGUAUCAAGAUACCUAACAGAUUUUGAACCAAUUCAGUGUCUAGGUCGUGGAGGAUUUGGAGUGGUGUUUGAAGCCAAAAACAAAGUAGAUGAUUGUAACUAUGCUAUUAAAAGAAUUCGUCUACCAAACAGGCAACAGGCUCGUGAAAAAGUAAUGCGUGAAGUUAAAGCAUUAGCAAAACUUGAACAUCCUUGUAUUGUUCGUUAUUUCAAUGCUUGGCUGGAAGCACCACCUGAGAGCUGGCAGGAAAGAAUGGACAAACUCUGGCUAAAAGAUGAAAGUAUUGAUUGGCCAUUCAGUUCUCCCAGCCCAGUGGAAGUGCCAUCAUUUAAAAUUAGAACUGAGCCAUUCUCUGCAAAAGAACAGAUUAAAGUUAUUGCUACAUCUGUAGAAAGGAAGACUUUACUUUCUGUUGGGAUACCUUGUGGCCAAGCAGAUUCAUCAGAGAGUCAUUUUCCCUCCUUGGAAUUCUCUGCUGUUGAUCAUGGAGACAUGAGCAACUUGACAGAUCCUCCAUCACAUACGCGAGACAGUUUCCUCACUGACUGGGAUAUAGCUGGUAGCACUGUUGAUAACAACAAUCCUGGACAAUCCUUUUGUCUUCCAGCCAAGACAGCAAUAAGGGUGAGGGAAAGGACUUCUUCAUCUAUUGUCUUUGAAGACUCUGUUUGUGAUAAGACUUCUACUAAAGAGGAUAAUACCGAUGAUUCACUUCAUGAUAGUCAUCGUGAGGAUAAAGCAACAAGCUCAAAAGGAUCCAAUUAUAGCAUGUCAUCUUCAAUAAGCCCUUUCUCCACUUCUCCACCAAGACCAACAACCUUAAGUAUGGACAUUUCUAAGAACACUGAACAAAAAACCAUGUCCUCCACUCCAAAAGUGUACCUUUACAUCCAGAUGCAACUUUGUAGGAAGGAAAAUCUCAAAGACUGGAUGAACAAAAGGUGUUCAGUAGAACUGAGGGAAAGGAGAGAGUGCCUGCUGAUAUUCCUGCAGAUAGCUGAAGCAGUUCAGUUCCUGCAUAGUAAAGGGUUAAUGCAUCGGGAUCUCAAGCCUUCCAACAUAUUUUUCACAAUGGAUGACCUAGUAAAAGUUGGGGAUUUUGGGCUAGUGACUGCAAUGGACCAAGAAGAAGAGGACAUAUCUGUUCUAACACCAAUGCCUGGUUAUGACAGGCACACCGGGCAAGUUGGGACCAAGCUCUACAUGAGUCCAGAGCAGGUUUAUGGAAAUACUUAUUCACACAAAAUAGACAUUUUCUCUUUGGGGCUGAUCUUGUUUGAGCUUCUUUACCCUUUCAGCACUCAAAUGGAGAGAGUCAGGACACUGGCUGAAGUCAGGAGCUUGACCUUUCCCCCGCUGUUCAUUCAGAAAUAUACCCAAGAGUAUGCUAUGGUAAAGCACAUGCUUUCUCCAAGUCCCAUGGAAAGACCAGAAGCUGCAGUCAUUAUAGAAAACCCUAUAUUUGAAGACUUGGAAUUCCCAUCAAAACCAGUGCUCAGGCAGAGGUCAAGAACAAUAAGUACAUCGGGAAUUAAGCAUUCAAGAUAGCUCAAUAAAUUAUUUGGCACAACCAUUAAGAACAUUCCGAACAGGACUCAGAACCAAGAGAAUCUAACAUCACGAGCAUUCAAGCAGGAGAAUCUAACAUCAAGCAACAUCUCUGAAAUAGUAAUAUUCUGAGGUUUAUAUGUCAGAUUUGUGACAUAUUAUCAUUGGCUGAAGCUAAGAAUUUAACCUGUUCAGCCUUCUUCCAGUGAAUCACUUUCACAUAAUAGUCUUAGUUCUCAGCAACUUUUAUGUUCGAAUCUUGUAAAUAUUUUCUAGGAAAUGGGAAAGGAUUGCUACUAUGUAAAUAGAACUAAAUCGUGUAUUUUUAUAGCACAAUUCUAAACCUGAUAUAUAGGUCCUGAUUACAUUAAUUUAGCAUAUGAAGAUGAUCCUAAAGGAAGGUAAAAUAUAAAUUUCUAUUUUGUCCCUGGAGGCUAACUUGCACAAUAAGGAUGCCAUUAUUACUCAUUUUAGAGCAGAUUGUGAUGUUUCUUUGUAAUACAAGAUUAUUGAAAAAAUGUUAGAUGAAAGUGGAAGAAGAUUCAGCAGUUUAAAAAAAUGUUUGAUUACGGGUUCCAAUUGUCAUUGUAACAAAGCUUAUGAUAAUAUUUUGUAAUUCCUGUGAUGUAGUACUUAAUAUAACCUUCCCAGCUCAUAGUAAUCAAGUCUCAUGCAUUUCUUACAGGAUGUUAUUGCUCAAUAACACCUUUUCUUACUGUUCUCACUGUAAAUAUGUUAAUUUUUAUUUAUAAAAUUGCAAGAUCAAUCCUUUUGGGUUGGUGGUGUACAGCAUGCACUUGGAACAAUUGUUAGGUGCAUUUAAUUACUGUGACUUCAUUCAAGUCUGCUUUAAUAAAAUCUUUUUAUUUCGA